UGUUUAAAAACUAUUUGUUUUUUUUUGGUGUUUUGUUGGAUUCAAUUGACAAUACAAUUGAUCCCAACUUAUUGWUUGUCAUCACAUCMWCUGACAUCACAGCGACAUCGAGGAGAUAGCCAUUGAUAUCUAUUCAGAGAUUGACAUCACAUAUAACUGAUUUUUUUCCGUUUGUUUUUUUUUGUUGGACACACCACCAGAAGACCACCAGAUGAUAGUUGAAGAUGUCGUCUUCAGUGUCGUAUCACAUCUCAAAUCUCUUGGAAAAGAUGACAUCGACGGACAAAGAUUUUCGAUUUAUGGCAACCAAUGAUCUGAUGUGUGAACUACAGAAGGAUAGCAUCAAACUCGAUGACGAAUGCGAGAAAAAAGUGGUCCGAAUGCUAUUGAAACUUCUGGAGGACAAGAACGGCGAAGUCCAGAAUCUGGCGGUGAARUGUUUGGGUCCGCUGGUGAACAAAGUGAAAGAAUUGCAAGUGGAGACCAUUGUCGAUACGUUGUGCUCUAAUAUGAUAUCAAAUAAUGAACAGCUAAGGGAUAUAUCCAGUAUAGGUCUGAAGACAGUCAUCAGCGAAUUGUCGCCCAAUUCGACGGCAUUGGUGUCGACUAUUUGCAAGAAGAUUACCGGCCGACUGGCCAAUGCUAUAUCACAGCACGAAGAUAUGGGCAUACGAUUGGAAGCGUUGGAAAUCCUAUCGGAUCUAUUGAAUCGAUUCGGUGGUCUAUUGGUAUCAUUUCAUGCCAACAUUCAGGACUCGUUGUUACCGCAACUCUUAUGCCAGCGACUGGCUGUACGCAAACGUACGAUAACAGCCCUGAGCUAUCUGGCAAUGUGUUGUUCCCAACAGCUGUACAGUCGAGUCAUUGAAUUUCUUAUCGACGAAUUGACCACAAAUGUCAACGAUAUUAACAAUGCCAAGACAUACAUCCAAUGUAUUACUGCCAUUAGUAGACAAUCGGGUCAUAGGUUUGGCGAACAUCUGGAAAAAGUGAUGCCAUUGAUCACCAGAUUUGCUAAUAUGGAUAUCAAAGAUAAGAAACAGGAAGAAGGAGACGAACUGAAAGAAGUUUGUUUACAAUCGUUCGAGUCGUUUGUCCGCCGCUGUCCUAAAGAGAUAUCACCGCAUGUGCCGACCAUAACAAAUGUUUGCCUGAAAUAUCUAUGCUAUGAUCCGAACUAUAAUUACGAUUCGGAUGGUAUGGACGACGAAGAUAUGGAAAUGGAUAACGAAGACGCCGACGAAGCCGAUACUGAUGGCAGCUAUAGCGACGACGACGAUAUGAGUUGGAAAGUUAGGAGAUCGUCGGCUAAGACAUUGGAGGCAAUGAUAUCCACUCGACACGACUUGAUUGUCGACUUCUAUCGUAAAGUAUCGCCCGAACUGAUCCAACGAUAUAAAGAAAGRGAAGAGAAUGUCAAAGUGGAUAUAUUUAACGCCUAUAUAGCGCUACUCAAACAGACAAAGAUGGUUAUCGGAACAACUGGUGGCUCAUCAAGUGGAUCAAGUGGUGGCAGUUUCUUAGAUAAUUCUACUGAAUAUUCCAAAAACAAUAUACUCGGUAUUCUUCGGGAACAGGUGCCUUCGAUUGUCAAAUCAUUGCACAAACAACUCAGGGAAAAGAGUAUUAAGACCCGACAGAGUUGUUUUGCAUUGCUCAGCGAAAUGGUCAAUGUAUUGCCCGGUGCACUGACCGAUCAUAUAUCCAAUUUGAUACCCGGAGUACUGUUUUCGCUCAGUGAUAAGAAUUCGAGUUCAAACAUGAAGAUCGAUACCCUAUCGUUUGUGAACAUUGUAUUCAAGAAUCACAAUCCGGAAGUGUUUCACAAACACAUACACAUACUGUUGCCGGCAAUCAUAACAGCAGUUUCCGAUAGUUUCUAUAAGAUUACAUCAGAAGCGCUGUUGGUUUUGACACAGAUUACGAAAAUUAUUCGGCCGUUAGAUUUAAAUCAGAAAAUAUCGACUGAUUUUAAUUUCGUGCCAUUUAUUAAACCGAUAUACGAGUCGACAUUUGUGAAACUAAAAGCCGCCGACAUUGACCAGGAGGUCAAAGAGCGUGCCAUUACAUGUAUGGGUCAGAUAGUCUAUACGUUUGGCGAUUAUAUGCAACAAGAAUUGCAAGUCUGUCUUCCAUUGCUGUUGGAUCGGCUCAGGAAUGAGAUAACUCGGUUGACUUGUGUUAAGUCUAUUACCAAAAUCGCCAGCUCACAAUUCAAACUCAAUUUGAAUCCAUUACUUCCAGAAGCUUUUCCAGUGUUGGCAUCGUUUUUACGCAAGAAUCAGAGGGCAYUCAAACUAAGUUCAUUGCAAUUGAUCGAUACAUUGGUCAAGAAUUAUAGCGAAUACCUGAGCUCAGAGACUAUUGGCAUAAUUUUGAACGAAGUACCGCCGCUUAUCAAUGAAUCAGAUCUCCAUAUAUCUCAGUUGACACUAAAUAUGUUGACAUCACUGAUCCGAUCGCAUCUGGCUUUUCUGGCAAUCAUACCGCAAACCAUACUACCCGAAGCACUGGUAUUGGUCCGAUCGCCACUACUACAGGGCUCAGCACUCAAUUCGAUGCUCGAGUUUUUCCAGGCUAUCGUACACAACAGUUUUCCCGGUUUGGACUACGAUGAACUAGUACUACGGUUGACACAACCGAUUACGGCACCCAAUCGUCAACAAAAUCUACACAAACAGGCCUAUCAUUCGAUAGCUAAGUGUAUGUCUGCCAUAUCGUCGAUCGAUGACAAACGGGCCAUCAAUGCCGUGAGGCAACUGUUGUCCGAUAUUCAAGGACAUCGCGAUUCCGAUUCUAUACAAGUAUUUGCAUUGUUGGCCAUCGGCGAAAUCGGCAAAUCGAUUGACCUGAGUUCGGUAAAAGACCUGAAAACGGUUAUAAUGGAUUCGUUUAACUCAUCGAGCGAAGAGGUGAAGUCGUCCGCUUCGUUUUGUUUGGGAUCCGUUUCGGUCGGCAAUCUGGAACAGUAUCUGCCGUUUGUAUUGUCCGAAAUCCAGAAUCGCCAGAAACGUCAAUACCUGUUAUUGCAUUCGCUUAAGGAGAUUAUCAGUUGCCAAUCGGCCAGYGUAUCCGCUAUUCAGAUACUAUCGCCACAUUURGAUUCAAUAUGGCGACUGUUGCUGAAUCAUUGCGAAUGUCCCGAAGAGGGUACCCGUAAUGUUGUAGCCGAAUGUCUKGGCAAAUUGACACUCAUCGAACCGACAACACUAUUGCCCCGAUUGCAACAGUACUUGCAAUCCGAGUCACCGYUGGCCAGGAGUACGGUUGUAACGGCCAUGAAGUUUACGAUAUCGGAUCAGCCACAGAAAAUCGAUGCCCUACUCAGGGAAUCGAUUGGCGAAUUUCUGAAAACACUCGAUGAUCCCGAUAUCAAUGUCCGACGGGUAGCGUUAGUAGCGUUCAAUUCGGCCGCUCAUAACAAGCCGUCACUUAUCAGGGAUCUGUUGCAAACAAUUCUACCGCAACUCUACAAUGAAACCAAAAUAAGGACAGAGUUGAUACGUGAGGUAGAAAUGGGUCCAUUCAAGCAUACCGUCGAUGACGGUCUSGAUAUUCGUAAGGCGGCCUUCGAGUGUAUGUACACACUGUUGGAUUCGUGUUUGGAUCGGAUCGAUAUAUUUGAGUUUUUGAAUCACGUCGAAGAUGGUCUGCGCGAUCACUACGACAUCAAAAUGCUUACGUAUCUGAUGUUAGUCCGACUGUCCACACUGUGUCCGUCGGCUGUACUGCAAAGAUUGGAGGGCUUAGUCGAGCCAUUGAAGACUACCUGUACGUCAAAAGUCAAAGCCAAUGCUGUGAAACAAGAGUUUGAAAAACAAGACGAACUCAAGAGGUCAGCCAUGAGAGCCUAUCUGGCAUUGCUGGCCGUUCCCGAUGCAGACAAAAACAUUUUGAUGACUGAGUUUAUGUCGUUGAUUAAGUCGACACCCGAUUUGUCGACACUAUACGAAACAAUUCAAAAGGACUCGACAUCGGUGGCCAACGAUCAGCCCAUGGAUUGCAAUUAGACAGUAGACUACUAUUAUCACCACCGAUGACUACUAAUUAUAAAGACAACACACACACACACAUCUACAAUACAUAUAUACAAUACAAUAAACA